GAGCGGAAAAAAAGGUUUAAAUAAUUAAACAUAAACAAGGUUUGGAAUGAGUCGAGAUCAAGUUAUUUCAUUGUAUCGUUCACUUUUACGGAAUGCAAAAGGGCUAGAAAACUAUGGAUUUAGAGAGUACGCAAUUCGACGGACAAAAGAUGCAUUUCAACAACACAAAAAUGAAACAGACAAGAAAAAAAUACAGGAAUUAUAUGAAAAAGGAUUAAGAGAUUUAAGGGUAUUACGUAGACAGUCAUUAAUUCAUUUUAUGUAUCCGUCAGAAAAACUAGUUGUUGAGACCAAAAGUCAAGGAAAAAAAAUAAGAAACAUUAAUUCAGAAGAUGUAAAAAAUGAAGGAUAAAAGAUAUUUCUAUGUAUAUUUUUUUAAAAUAACAUGAAAAGAGCUA